AUGACUAAUAAACAAUUACGAAAAUAUGAUCGAUAUCAUCCAAGUAUUUUUUCAUUUAUUCGUAUGGCAACAAUACGUUCGAAAAGUCUUAAUACUGUUUAUGAUCAUAAUCGUCAUCAACAAGGUCAUGAAUAUCCAUAUGCAAUAAAAAUGAAACACUUAAAAACAUCAAAUUAUACAUCAUUUGAUAGUGAUGAUCAUUUAUCAUUACAUAGUACAGCAACAGUAUAUUCCCAACAUAAUAGUUCAACAACUAGUUUAAAUAAUAUAUCAAUAAAUUCUCAUGAUUUUGAAUUACGUAAACGUGAUAUUGAUAAUCAAAAUAAAAAACAUAGAUUUUUUCAUAAACGUAAAACAAAAGAUUAUCAUACAAAAUCAUUAAUACAACAAUCACAACAAUAUUAUGAUGAUUAUCAUUCAUCAUUAUCAACAAUAAAUUCUUUACGAAUAAAAUCUUCAAAUCAAUUUUUUGGACAAACAUGUGAUGAAUUAUUUAAAAAAUAUGAUAAUCAAUUACCACCUAUUAUUCAAAAACUACUUGAAAUACUUUAUUUCAAAGGACCAGAAACAACAGGAAUUUUUCGUAAAGUUGCAAAUACACGAUCAGUUAAAGAUACAAUUGAUAAAAUUGAACGAAAUAUUUUAUUACAAGAUGAAGAUUUACAUCCAAUAUUAGCUGCUGGAAUAUUUAAACAUUUUUUACGAACAUUAUCUGAACCAUUAUUUAAUGCAAUACAAUAUGAUAAUUGGAAAAAAUGUCUUCGUCUUUCAACUUUACAAGAAAAAAUAUCAUUUGCACGAAAAAAUAUAAUCAGUACACUUUCAGAAUCGAAUCAUAUAUUAUUAAAAGGUUUUAUAUGUAUACUUCAUCAUAUAUCACAAAAUGCUGAUACAAAUGGAAUGAAUCCAUUUAAUUUAGGUUUAUGUGUAUCAAAUAGUUUAUUUAAAACAGAAUCAACAACAAUAGCAUCAGGCAAACAAGAAGCUGAUGUUAUGUCAUCAAUAGUUGAAUUUUUAAUUCUUAAUUGUACAUCAAUAUUUGGUUCUGAUGUUUUAACAUGUAUUCCUGAUAAACAUAUUAUUGUACAUCAUAUACCUAAUCUAACUCGACCAACAGCUUCAUCAAUUGAAAGUCUUGAUGAAGUUGAAUCAUCACCACAUUUACAUAUUGUUAAUCGAUCUCGUGAUUCAGGUUUAGCUACAUCAGAUCAACCAUUAAAUGAUGAUAGUUCAGAAAUAAGUGAAUAUUUUCGACGUAAUACAUCUUCUACAAUACCACCAAAUUGGACAACAUCAAUAGCAUGUGGUAAUGGUAUUGUUUUAUCAAGUAUUAUUCUUCCAUCAACAACAACAAUAUUAUCUUUAAAUCGUUCUCGUAAUUCAAAAAAUCUUUAUAAACCAUCAAAACAAUUUAUGGAACGAGAUAAAUUAAUAAAUGAUACAACAGAUGAUGAAUUUAAUGGUACUAUUGGUGAUUUAAGUAUACGUUCAUCAACAACAACUGUAAAUAAUAUAUCAACAGGAAAAAUAAAACGAUCAAAACCAAUAUCACGUCAUUCAUCAUUAGGUAAUAAAGAAUAUUAUCAAAAAUAUCAACAACAAUCAAUUAAUGAAUCAAAACAUUUAUUAAUAAAUGAUGUUAAACGUGCAUCAUCACUUAAACAAUUUCAUUAUUUAUCUGAUGAAACUGAUAAUGAUGAUGAUGAUAAUGAACAAAAUAAAACAUUAAAUAAUAAUAAUAAUAAUAUAAAAAAGGAUACAUCAAUAAUAACAAAUCAUAAUGAACAAAUAUUAUCUUCAAUAUCAUUAAAAAAUAGUAAUAAUUUAAUAAAUGAACGACGAAUAAAAUUAGUUAAAUCCAAAGCUAUAAAUAAUGAUGAUGAUGAUGAUUCUAUGAUAACAAGAUCAAUACAACUUGAGCAACAAGAUUUAGAUUUAACAAGUGAACCAUUAAGUACUAUUAAUCAACGUCUUACUAAUAUUUCAACUAUACGUUCAGCAUCAUUUAAUGUACCAACAAUAAAUAAAACAUUUGAUUCAUCUUCAUUUACUACACAAACAUCUUUAUCAAUUGAUCGUCAUAGUCGACAACAACAACAACCAAUUAUAAUUGAUGGUCGUUCUCGAUAUAAUAGUCCAUUAACAGCAACAACAAAUCAAAUAUAUACAAAUAAUUAUAAUGAACAUCAUAGUCAAACAAAUUCAAACACAAAAAUUAAAAUUGAACGUGAUCGAACAUUUAUUCAUCAUUCUGAUUGUCGUCCAUUUAAACUUGGUACAGCUAUACAAAUGAAACCAAUUGAUGAUUUAUUAUUAACAUCAACAACAAGAGGACGACGUCGUCCAUGUCAUAGACAAAAUGCACUUCGUUAUAAAUCAGUUGAACCUGAACAUAAUGAAAAACGAAUAAUACGUCAAUCAACACCAAUUAUAAUAAAUCAAAAUCGUAUAUAUACAAAUGAAAAUUCAUCAACAAAUAUAUCACGUUAUCAAUCAAUUGAACGACGUGUACCAACAACACAACCAAUAAAAUCAUUUUCAUUUGAUAUUAAUGAUGAACUUCGUCCAUGUGAUAUAUCAUGGUCUGUAAGAGAAAAAGCUAAACUUUUUGAACAUAUUAAUCAUAAUAAAUUAGCAACAGGUCGUGAAAAUUAUGUGUGA